UUGUCUUUUACAAUGUCUUCAAUUUUGUCAUGCAAUGCAGGUGAAAUCUGUUUUCUUGGAUGGCGUACCACCUCACUGGGAUGAAGACAAAGUGAGAGAAAUUUUCGGGGAAUUUGGUGAAAUUGAUAGCAUACAACUUGCUAGAAAUAUGUUCACGGCAGCACGAAAAGAUUUUGGUUUCAUUGGCUUUACAGCAAGACAGUCAGCUUUAGACUGCAUUAAGAUGGUCAAUAAAGAUGGUGUUGGUGAAGGUAGUGGAAAGGUUCCCAUAAAAGCUAGUUUACAAAGGCCAAGGCAUGCUUUCAAGAAGUAUUCCCGGCAAGGCUCAAGUUCCUUGCUAGGCGUCAGAAGAGGAUUUGUAGAUAAAAGUUCUAGUGGUAGAGGACACCACUCGGACAGAUAUAGGCAUUUUAGUCCUGUAAGGCGUUCGUAUUCAGAUAAUCAUUCUCGUCGUCACUCUAUUGAUGUUGAAGAGAGGCAUACUUCUGUGUGAGGAUACAGAGCUUACUAUAGAAGAGACUCUCCAGU